CUGGUGGCUAGAACAAGCAAAUAAAAAUCAUCAAAGUUCUGAAGUUUCCCGCCAAAUAUCAGUGUUUCACUUUUUACUAAUAUUUUAUAUUAUUUCUUAUAACUUAUAAUUUUAUAUGAACCUUCAAAAUUGCAAACCUUUUAAAAUACGAAAGAAUUCACCUUUUUUUAGUCAAUGUAGUCUAGGUGUCUUGAUACUCUUGUUUGGUUAGAAAAUGGCUAAUUCUUUUUUUCGGGCGUCUAAAGAAAGUGACGAAAAUUCCUUUAAGUGAUAAAAAUAUUGGCUGAUAAUAUAUCCCGUGUUUUGGAUUAAACCGAACCGUUUUAAAAUCUUUGAUGUGCAAGUUGUUUGGGUAAUCGAGAAAAUGUCCUACAUGGCAAGACUAAAGGCUUAUGACUCAAUUCAGUUAAAUGAGGACAUUCCCAAGGAUUUCCGCACCUAACAUAAUAAGCUUUCUCAUACACGUUGUCUUGUGUAAUCCGCCACGAUCAAUCUUUUUUCUUCAUCGCAAUAGGGAAUCAGAGCUAGCCCACUUCCCCGUAGAGAUCAUUAUGAUUAACUACUUAAGAUCUUAUCACGUCUUUAUUUGUAUACCCAGAAAGUGCUGGAGUUUUAGCAUCAUUAAAAAGAAAAACAUAGCAUACUUAUUGAUUCUUAUUGAUAAAAACUAUAUGCCACUCGAGAAUUCGUAAUUUGAUCGUUUAAUGUUGAUGUUGUAAACCGUGUUUUUGCUCUUUACACACGUCAAAAAAAUUGGAGAUCAACUGGUGUAAACUUACACGAUUUCCACAUAACAAAUGGCAGUUGGAAUGGAUUCAAGUAUAUUGUUAGUUAUUUUAGCGUGUGGGAUAACAGCUGCUAUCAUACCGAAAAGUUGUCCAAACCUACGCUUCAAUAGUAUCCCUAAAGAUCAUGUGUACCAUUCAAAAGUAAAGCCAUUGAUUAUCGCACAUCGCGGGCAACCCAAAUUGUACCAAGAAAACACAUAUGACGGUAUUCUUAGUGCGGUAGACGUCAAAGCUGAUGGAUUUGAGUUGGAUAUUUACAAAACAAAGGAUAACAAACUUGUUGUCUUUCAUGAUGACAAUACUGAGAAAUUGACGGGAGUGAGCAAAAUAAUCUGGGAAAGCACAUAUGAAGAAUUACAGCUACUUAAUUUAACAACAACAUAUGUCGCAGGUGGAAAAACAUACACUUACGACAAGCCAAGAAAGAUUCCUUUGCUAGAAGAAAUUUUAAAGGCUACAAAAGAUACUGGCUUGUUGCAUUAUUUAGAGAUGAAACCCAGUACAUUCUUCGCUGGAGACUCGAAUUUGGUCAACAAAACUGGAGAACUAGUUGCUGAUAUGAUCACAAGACUUGACCUAACUCUUAAGAGUAUCGUGAUCUCGUUCGACUAUCGAAAAAUUGCUGUUGUAAAGUCACACAACCCCAAUAUAGUUGUUGGGACGUUGUAUUCGCAGAAAUUCAGCGCUUAUCCAAAAUUGCUGUGCGCUCGAGAAUAUUUUCCGGCUUUAUCAAAUUGUAUUGCUGAUGCCCCGACUGAUCCUUUCGGCUACUUUAAAUUUACUCUCAAUUCUGGUCUUCUUUUUAAAGCAAGCGGAAGUUCGUCUAUCGAUUGUGAUAUUACAUUGUACAAUAACGUCAAGUACUCUAAUGAUACGAUAGCCAUGAUGCGUAAAAACUACAGUCCAGAUAUAAGUACUGGUUUUUACACAAUUUAUAGUUUAUCUAAAACUGAAAAACAGAAUAAGCAGGACGAGAUCAAAACAAAAGAACUUAUCAAGCAAGGAGGAGGACAUCGAUUGAUUACAGAUGACGUACCCAGACUUCGUGUAUUGGUCGGAAAAGACUCGACGGGAAGAUGGAUUAAGGCUACGACGAGUGUUGUCUUCUUGUGUUCGCUCAUUUGCGCCAUGAUGUAACUUUUCAAAAACUUGAACGUUGGUUGAAACUUUUAAUUUUGCGAGGAAAGAUAUGAUUUUUAAAAAGAUAAAAAUUAUAACGCGAUGCUUUUCUUAAGGGAUCUAAACAUCUCGAAGUGAUUUUCCGUCUGAUUUAUUUUCGUCGCCGGCCGACGUAUUUUGAUUUUAUGAGUUAGAUCAUCAGGUGUUUACUUCAACCUUACAUACUACGAAAAAUCAACAAGAAGAAGUUGAAUUUAUAUAAAAAUCAUUUUUUAGCUUUCAACUUCUGUAUCAAUCCCCAGAAAUCUUUCUAAGCUCUUUCUUCUGAAAUUACUCUGUUUUGUUUUUCAUCAGAAGCAGGCUUACGUUUUUAUUUUAAUGUAUAAACUUUAUUUAAACUUUUUGUAGAUAUAUUUGUAGCUCCGCGUAAUUUCUAUGAGUUCCAUAAAUCGCGAAAUGUGGCGUGUGCCGCAAACAUUUUGUAAUUUUUUAAAUUAAAAAUAAGAUUAAAAAUAUCAAUUUUA